GUGAAAUGAAAUCAGAAGAAGAAUAAAGACCUGCCGAGUGGCGCACAAUCUAAAAUAACAACAGCAUUACACGAUUAAAAUAAAUCUGAAAUUAAACUAAUAUACAACAAAAACAAAACUAAGCAGAUUUGGAAUGUAAGGAGCUGCCGACAGUACCAGGGAAAGCCGGCAGGGGGUGCUGCAACUGGGGAACCAACUGCGCAUGCCUUCCUCUUUCUGUCUCCCUCCCCUGUUCUGAGCAUGCGCGGCUGCUCUCCCCUCCCUAUUUCCAAUCUCCUUCCUCCGUCGGGACGCGCCACUCUCUCUCCUCGCGCGCUCCUCGCCCGCCGCCCGCCCCCUUUCCGAGUCCCAGCCAAUGAGAGGUGAGGUUCUGUCUCCGAGAGGCCAAUAAGAACCCGGAGCUCGGCCCCGCCCUUGUCUUCUCGUGCAGCGGCUGGGCCAAUCGCGGGGCAGCGCGCGCCGCUCAGAGCCCGGGCAGCAGGGGCUGGCUGCUGCAGAACUAGAAUACAGUCUCCAGCUGAAGAAGAAGAAGAGUAGGCUCCCUUUCUCAUUCAUCCUCCCUCUCGGCCUCCGUCCUCCAGCUGCUCUCCAGGCUGGAUUUGCUGUUCCUCUGCCCAAAGGCUCUGCUGCUGCUGCUGCUGCUGCUGCAGCCCUGGGGUCGCGCUAUUUCCCGGGCCUGGGCUGCCUUCCCUGUCUAUGGCUGCAGAGGCUCUCCAGAGUCGUCAUCCAUCUUUGCACGAAAGGAAGAGGCUUUGAGAGCCCCGGAGGGCACUGGCCAAGCUUGUGUCUCCAGGGAACUUGCAGAGGAACAGCUUGAAGGAGCUCCUGAGCGAAUUGCACUUGAAGGACAUCUGAAGCUGCAGUUGUGGUAGUCCAGGAGAUUAAGGAAGGACAUCCUAGAUUUUCAGAGGAAGAAAGGGGUUGCAGGGGAGUGAGAAGGAGGGUUUGUUUCUUUGUGCAAUAAGGCUAAUCAGGAUAGCAGUUAAUUUACUGUGAAUGGCUUGUGUUGAUGAAAGGAUCCCACCCCAAUUUCUCACCCAUUAUCAUACAGUGUGUGUUCUUGGACAACCGGUUAAGCAAUCUUUUCUCGGAGCAGUUCCAGUUUGCACCCGAUGCUGCUAUAUUUUCUAUAAAUGUUAUGCCCCUUUAAAAAAAGUUCUGUCAUCACAGCUGGAUUAGGAGGCUUGCUGCACAGAUAGUGAAACUUGCCUGUCCUCUGGUUAUCUGAAUAUCCAUCACUGCCAUUGAAGUCUUGUUUCAGUCUGUUAAACCUGUAUCCAGACGUUCCUCCUGAGUGAAGAAAGGAGCUCUGGCAGCUAUUCCCCAUUUGUUAACCAGAAGAGAGAGAAAGCCAGCCAUGCUUUCAGAGGCACUACCUUGUUUCCAGUUACUCCGGAUGGGCCCAGCUUCUCCAGGGGAUGCGCCCAACCGGGAUCUCUAUACCUUCCGACCUUCCAGGCCCAGCUGCACCUAUCGACUGGGUCGCCGAGCUGAAGUCUGCGACGUUGUUCUGGUGUCAGAGCAAAAUCCAACCUUGAUCUCACGGAUCCAUGCGGAGAUCCAUGCCGAGAGGGAUGCUGAUAGCACCGCUGGAGAGUGGCGGGUUAGCAUGGUAGACUACAGCACUCAUGGUACUUAUGUCAAUGCCAUGCGAAUACCCCACAGCCAGCGGGUGGACUUGAAUGAUGGGGAUCUUCUGACCUUUGGCCAUCCCAAUCCAGUGCCUGAAGGCUGUGCCCUGCCACCCUCUCACAGCAACUCCGAGUUUUACUUCCUUUUCCAAAAGGUCCAUGUCCGACCCCAAGACUUUGCUGCUAUUACAGAGCCCAAAGCCCCCUGGGCUUCCUCCAGUGGCUUCCGGCCAGUGCUGCCCUCCGGCAACCACCGCAUCCGUCCACUUUCCCGUCACUCACCUACCUCCCUUUCUUGCCGCUCCAAAGCCACCCUUAUCCUCAGCUCCAUCGGCAGUCUCAGUAAACUAAAGCCUCAGCCAUUCACCUUCUCUGUGGACAAGGGGCGGCGCACAGAACCCCCUGCCCAGCCAAAACCAUCUCGGAAUCGCCGAAAGUCAGCUCACACGGUGCUACCUGAGUUGGAAGAUGAAAUCACACGGCUAGAAGAGGAACAGCCACUGUUAGAUAAGGAGCAGCGAUUGGGGAGAAGUUACACCCACUGCCACAACAGCCCCUUGCGGCUCCAGCCCAGAGGAGUGUCAGAGGGAAGCAAGAACCUGCAGGAGGAUCUACGGUCAAAGCUACACAUUGUACCCAAUGUGAAACGGCGCGGUCGACCCCGGAAGAAUCCUCUGGGAGGAACAUGCCAAGUUUUCUCCCAGACUCUUUCUUCAUCGGAGCCCUGUGCAGCACCCCAGUGCCACCUUCCCCAGGAUGAGAUGGUGGCCUGGGUCCAGUGUGAUGGCUGUGAUGCCUGGUUCCAUGUCGCCUGUGUGGGCUGCAGCUAUAAUGCUGUCAAAGAGGAAGAUUUUCGCUGCUCUACCUGCCGCUCAUCAUAGAAGCUGGCAUGACAGAGUGGGCUCCCCUUAGAUGAGGAGUAACAUCCACAACCCAAAUGGAAAGUGCACAUGUGGAGGCGUGCAGGUGAACAUUUGAAAGUGCAAGGUGUGGAUGAACAAGGACGAGUUAAAAUUUGCACAGAGAUUCUUUACUUUCAGGGACAAGACAGAAGAAAAAGAUAGGGAUGAGUGGCAGUGUAAACAAGGGAUUGGAUUUUUUUAAAAGCCUGUUUGAGAAUAUGGGAGUGUCUCAGGGGGAACUGUGGGAAGGCUUACCCAGCAGUAAGCCAAAUACUGCCUUUCCUUUUGGUUUUCUUUCUUGUGUAAAGCUGGUCACACUCUCCACGUGUCAGCUACAUCUGUCUUGAAGAUCUUUUCAUUGUUGGAGACAUACAAGAAGACUCUGGAAUGUCCACCUAUGUAUCAGACUGACUCCUAGAUUCAUGGAAGUCAUUAGGAAGAAGCCAACAUAAGCAUAAAGGUAGUGCUGAGGGACAAACGAUACGAGUGUGCACACCACCAGUGUGUUUUUCAGGGCUGAAAACUACAGGUUUUGCAAUGUAGAACAGGCCUGUCUGCACACAAGCUGACUGAAGAGCCCUAUACUGUAUGCGUUAACUUGAAUUGAUGCAAGCAUGCAUGCUUUCUGACCAAAGUAGUUUGUGUAAAUGAUUGCUUUGAGCUUGUCACACAAGAGUAAUAGCUCGAUUGCCUGGGAAACCAGCCCACUAACAGUCUUUUUGCUUUUGCUUGAUCAGUCCAGCUUAGAGAAAUGCCUCACAGCCUCAUGCUCCUGAAAUGAAUUUGUGAGGAUGCAGUUUACCUUUUGUAACUCCAUAAUACUCUCUGAACUUAACACUCUAUUGGGUUCAUAUGAAGUGACAAGACAGUGGGACAGUCAUCAAAAGAAAAGGGUGCUGUUACAUAUGAUGAAAAUCAUUGUGUCCUCUUUAAUAUGGAACAGUGAAUAAGAGGUAAAGAUGAAGAAAUAAGUGGGAAUGUUCGGCCACAAAAUUCCAGGAAGGCAGCUUUAACUGGGAUGAAGAUUCAGCCACAAUAAGUGUUUAUGUCUCUACCCUCUUCACAUCUAAAGUGUGUGUAAGUGAUAUUGAGAAUAAUAUAAGAACUUUUCACUCCCUUUUUAUCCCAACACUUGCUUUCAUUUCUAUUGCUUUAAUAAUGGGAUGAAAUAAUGCCUCUCCAUGUCGUCUUGCAUAAAUAAAUGGAACAGAAUCUUAUGCAGCCCAAGCAACCGUCUUCUAGCAUCUCAGAAGAUAACCAUACUGUACAGUAAUUGAAGUUUGAUGCCGCAUUAAUUGCCAUGGCUCCGUCCUAUAGAAUUCUGGAGCUUGUUGUUUGAGGAGACUCCCUUGUACUACAGUCCUAGAGCUGUCUAGCAGAGAAUUCUAAAUACUUCACCAAACUAUAGACCCCAGGAUUCUAUGGGAUGUAGCCAUGGAGAAAGUUAACGGUGGAGUGUGGAUACACCCUUAAAGGCUAACAGAUGGAUUGAGGUUGUUGCUUUUAGGGUUCAGAUGCCAGAAGUAUAUUCAUUUGUGAUGCAUGCAUACCCAGUUAUAGAGGGAAACAUGUUUGACAGUGAGGGCAAAAUCAGUGACAUUUAAAGCAAAACAAGGCUUUCUGAUCUGCCAGUGGAGACCAAAUCUAAUGCACAAGGAGUGGAUAGUGUGAGCUG